ACCCAAAAGCAAUGGUUGUGGACUCGACCCAAUAAGAUUGUUAGCUUUAAGGGAGGCAAGGGGAGGAUAUCUAUCGCCAUUACCAUGGCGCUCUCACCGUUUUCACCGAAUCCAUCUACUUCUUUGUCUUUGUCUUCGUCGUCGUCAUCAUCAUGCAAUUUCAUUGAAACUCAGUCACUGCAUCUUCUACUUCUCCAGUCCCAAACUCACUCCGUUGCUUACAGAGCUUUAAAGUUCAGAACUUGUUGUGCUCAGCAGGUUGUCCAAGUUGACACCUUGCAGCAACCCGAACGAAUCAAAGUGGCGUUUGAGACCAAGAAGCAGCGGAAAAAGAGGAAGCCCAGGCCAAGCUUUUUAGAGCAAAUUCAGUAUAAAUGGUCUGCGAAACCUGGGUCACUGAGAGAGAAAUUUCCAUGGCAAGAACAGAAGGAAGAAGAACAAGAACAAGAAGAAGCAAAGGAAGAGGAUAAGGAGAACGGAAGCAAGGAAUUUACUGAUGCCUAUGUAAUUGAGACGGAAAAUAAACCAUCGUUGAGUGGCUCAGUGAAUUUUGUUUCGCCGAGUAGUGUGAUUUCGGCUCCUUGGGAUCAUGGAAAGAAGCCCGUAAAACGCGAGGUUAAGCCUGAGACUGAAAUUCCACAAAAUGUUGAAGAGUUUAAUGGACUUAACCAUAAUGGUGCUAAGAAACCCAGUAGCAUAUUGCAAAGAGAAUUUCUAUACGGCAAUAAUGGUGUUAAGAAACCCAGUAGCACAAUUCAGAGAGAAUUUCAAUCAACAAGUGAUGGGAUUUCAAAGGAGGAAAGGACGGUUUCAAUGGAUGUUAAUGGUUUUUCAUUGGAUGAAACUCCUUCUGGGAGUGGAGAGAAUGUGAAUUUGGCUGACUCUGAUUAUGAUUCUGAUGAUUCGGAGUCGGAAUUGGGGGAAGGAGAAAAGGUGACUAGGAGGAGGAGUAACACGGUAAUGGCGGAGAAAAUGCUUCCCGAACACGAACUUAAGAGGCUCAGAAACGUUUCUUUGAGAAUGCUGGAGAGGACAAAGGUGGGUGCUGCAGGUAUAACACAAGCCUUGGUGGAUGCCAUUCAUGACAAGUGGAAGUUGGAUGAAGUGGUGAAGUUGAAGUUUCAAGAGCCUCUAUCCAGUAACAUGAGAAGGACACAUAAGAUUUUAGAGACUAAAACUGGAGGUUUGAUUAUAUGGAGAUCAGGCAGUUCAGUAGUCUUGUAUAGGGGAAUGAACUACAAAUUUCGCUGUGUACAAUCAUAUACCAAACAAAUAAAGAUCGAAACACCCACGUUGCCAUACUUAGAAGAUGGUGUCACAAGAGAUGCCAUACACAAUAUACAAGAGAAGGAUUCUUCGGUUAGAACUAAGGAGUCUUCUUCUCCCAUUCCUGAGGAGCGUGUGAAGGGUCCACCUGAAGGGGAUAUCAAGAACUUGAAUGAUCUCAACCACUUAUUAGAUGAGCUAGGACCACGUUAUAUGGAUUGGUUAGGUCAAGAGCCGUUCCCUGUCGAUGCCGAUUUGCUACCUGCAGUGAUUCCUAACUAUAAGCCACCAUUCAGACUUCUCCCUUAUGGAGUAAAACUUGGUCUGCGAAACAGGGAGAUGACAGCAUUUCGUAGGAUUGCAAGAACAAUGCCUCCACAUUUUGCUUUAGGGAGAAACAGAGAACUACAAGGUUUGGCUCGGGCUAUUGUGAAGCUGUGGGAAAAGAGUGCCAUUGCUAAGAUAGCCAUCAAACGAGGUGUUCAAAACACAUGUAAUGAGAGGAUGGCGGAAGAACUCAAGUCCUGGAAGCUGCUGCUUCUGAGUAAUUCAUCACUGCUGAUUAUAAAGCAUUUUCAUUUUGAAUACUCAUUACAAGUGGACCAUGACUUGACAUUAACUGGCGGAACACUACUUUCUCGAAACAAAGAUUUUAUCGUCUUUUACAGGGGAAAUGACUUCUUGCCACCUGUUGUUACAGAUGCCUUGAAAGAGAGGAAAAAAUUAAGAGAUCUCCAGCAAGACAAGGAAGAACAGGCGCGAAAGAUGGCCCCAGCCUUCAUUGAGUUGAAAAGCAAAGUUUUGUCCGACCAAUUGGUUGCUGGAACCCUUGCAGAAUCAAAGGCAGCAAUUGCCCGCUGGGGUAAACAGCCAACCAAUGUAGACAUUAAAGAAAUGAUAAAAGAAUCAACUUUGGCAAGACGUGCAUCCAUACUCAGACAUCUUGAGAAGAGAUUAUCUCUUGCAAAAGGGAAGCUCAAAAUAGCUGAUAAAGCUUUAGCAAAGGUGCAGAAAAAUUUGGAUCCAUCCGAGCUUCCAGAUGACUUGGAGACCUUAACUGAUGAAGAGAGAUUUUUGUUCCGCAAGAUGGGUCUGAGCAUGAAACCUUUCCUGGUUCUGGGAAGGCGAGGAGUUUAUGAUGGUACCGUAGAGAACAUGCACUUACAUUGGAAAUAUCGAGAGUUGGUGAAAAUCUUUGUGAGAGGAAAGAGUUUAGCACAAGUAACGCACUUUGCUAUUUCAUUGGAAGCUGAGAGCAAAGGAUUGCUAGUAUCUAUAGAUAAAACUACAAAAGGGAUCGCAAUUAUUGUCUAUCGUGGGAAGAAUUAUCAAUCCCCUCUUAUUUUUAGACCUAAGAAUUUAUUGACCAGAAGGCAGGCAUUAGCUCAAUCAGUCGAACUGCAAAGACGAGAGGCACUGCGGCACUACAUCUCAGACUUGAUGGAGAGAAUUGAGUUGCUGAAGUCUGAAAUGGAGGAAGAAUCAAGAAAUGGGAAGAUGACUAAUGCUGAAGGCUCAUUGCAGAAAACAAUGGAGUAUUAUCUGUCAUCCAAAGAUGAAGAAACAGAGGAUGAUGAGGGGGAUGAACCAUAUCUUGAGAUGUAUGACAGUGCUGAUGAGGAUGAGGAUGACUACAAGGAACAUGAGGAAACUAGACAAAUCAACUUUUGAAUCAGAGUCCAUUGGAGGAGAUCUUCAAUCAACAGUAGUUAUCACUUAUUUGACUUGGGUUCUUGGCAUAAACGUUGUAUGGUGGAGAAGAAAGCUAAAGCCUAAAAUGCAGGCAGGCUCCAUUUAAGGAAGAGCUUUGAUCAGCAUCACCUUACUACAUGUUACAAACAUUAUUGGAUUAGAAAUUCAAUGGGCAUUCACGGUAGGAAAAUACCCGGAGCUAUGGGUUACAUCGAAGGAUACAGUGAGGUGAUUGCCUUUUAUGACUUUCGAUCUGAGCACACAGACAUGGUGAAACUAUCAGCCAAACUCAAAUUGAGCUGUGACUAGAAAUGUCUAGAAUGUAAUUCAAAACACUAUAUAAUAUAAUUAGCACUACCAUUGCACUA